CUUGAAACGUUGAAUGACAGGAAGCAAGAUGAUUCCGAAACCACCAUCUACAGACGCGUUGCUACUAUUUUGGACUUCAUGUUCCGUGACAUGCAUAUAGACCUAUUGAUACGCUAUGGCAAGGAUACCAAGGACUUGAAACUAUCGAGCAACGAGUUUAAGAAACCCUCUGUCACUACCUCCAAUGCCAUCACCCAACAGUGCAAAAAUCUGCGUGUCAACAGUGCCAUCCUCAACCACCUCCAAGGACUCAACAAGAAGAUCGAUUCCCUCCUCGCAAUGGACUGGAUAGUUGCUCAUCAUGGUGUGUAUGUUGCAAAGAUCAUUGAUAUUCUGACGAUCCCUACCUCU